AUGCUUAAUAAUAUAGGAUACCACAUUCUACUACCCUUUAGAAAUCUCACAACUCAAGCAAGAUUCCUCCAAAUAAUUCGGCUUUUCACUUGUGUUGCUACAUUAUCAUUAAUCAUUGCUGCAUUAAUUGGCUCCCUUGCCAGCAGAAACAUUUAUAUUGCUAGGAUUAAUUGUGCUCGUUUGGAUGUUGCUAAUGGUUUAUAUAACACUUUGAGAAACUCCGUGUCUUUAUCCUCAAAUAUCCUUGGUGAUGGGGAGGAUAGUGUACUACCUGUUGAUUCAUCUCUAACUAACUCUGAAAUAUCAGUGUUAACCUCGUACGCAGAAAGUCAGGUUGCUAAUGCGCCACAAUACAUUGUUACCUCCUUAUGGAGCUGGUGCUAUGGAAACUACAAUAUCACGCAACACGUAGACAAACAUGGUGUUACUCAUAUAGAAAAGCAUAACGAUGUCCUUACCUGCUCGAAGUCUACGAAGAGGUAUAUUUUUGAUUAUAAAGAAGAAUUAGAGUCGAUAGGUUUAGAGAGUAUUUUAGCAUAUGCAUACCAGUCUUCAGAUUUGGACGAUAAAAAAUACGAAAAGACGAUAGCCAGAAGAAAUAGUAAGUACAAAUUACUUCCAUCAGGCUUAAUAUUUGCAGCUAGUUCCCAGCUAGUUGUGUUGAUAUUUGGUUAUGUAUUGUACAGCAAUAGGGGACCAGAAAAAGACCUUAACAAGUUCCCAGUCUUUGUCAUGAAUAUUAUAGCUUUGAUAUCAGUGGCAUCAUUUUUAAGUUUAGCUAUUUCUGGUGGCCUUAUUACUAAUUUAUUGAUACAAGUUAGGGAUGAAAUUCUGUCUAACUUGGGAGAUUAUGGGAUUGCAUUACAUUUUGGCACUAUUUGGUUUCUGUUACUAUGGUUGUCUUUUAUCUUUUCAUUGCUUUCAGCUAUUUCUUGGGCUUUCCCUCUAUGGUGUGCCAAUCCACCGGAUUUUGAUGAAGAUGAAUAUUAUGAUCAAAUUCGCUAUAGAUCAGACAAAACUGACAAUGAGGAAGCAGGAAUGUCUGAAUUGAAUGGUCUUAGGCGUAAUCAAAGUACUUCAAGUAAGCUUAACAGAUUCCAAAAGACAGGUGCUAAUGUAUCUAGUGGCGUUCAGGAUUUUGACACAAAGAAUAAUAAUGUUGUUGAGGAAACAGACUUUUCUGAUAAUGAAGAAUACGCGUAUGACACUGAUUAUGUCUAUAAUGAUGCGAAUAAUAGAAAAUACGAUGCGUAUGGUGCGCAGAACGAAGACGAGUUAAGAAAGCUUGGAGAAACAUUAUCAAGAAAAAUGUCUGUCCGCCGUUUAAACAGAAAGCUUUCUAGGAAAAGUCGUAAGUCAUACCUCCCGGAUGAAAAUUAUCCAGCAUUUGAAGAUGAAUCAAGAAACUUAUUGUAUCACGACGUUAAUAUCAAUAACUCACAAUAUCCUAUGACAGAAUCGAUGGCUCACCAUUAUAGAGAAGAGACAUUUGAUGGCUACGUUAAUAGUCACAAGCCAACCACGAGUGCUAGCACCAUGUCCCUUGGGACAUCAAAGAAUUUAACUAAGCAUAUCAAUAAAUUUAGAGAAGAAAACGACACACCUACCCGGAAUUUAUCUGAUAAAUCUAGUGAUAGAAGAAAGAAUAAUAAAUCUCAUGACUCAAACUUUAGGUCUAAUUCUUUACAAGAGAGGCAUUUCCAGCAUAAUACAAGGAACAAUCCAUUUUUGCAGACUGAUAAAUAUGAAUCCUUGCAAAAUAAAAGAGAUUCUACUGGUGAUUCAUUUUUGAAUUUUGAAGAAAUGGAAAUCCUAGACAAUAACAAUUAUAUAAAUAGAAUUUAG